AAUCUUGCCGUCCAAAAUGGCAGCCAAUCAUCCCCGUAGGUGGAUACCGUAAUAAACAGUAAUGAUAUUCAUAGGCCACCGUCAAUCUCACCUGAAGAGGUCUAUAGCAAGCUAUGGCUGUCAACAGUGCAAUAUUUCUCUUUUUUGCUGCUACUGUGACGGUAGUACUAGCUGCCAGUGGAACAAAAAAUGUACUCUUUAUGCCAGUUGAUGAUCUGAGGCCUGAAUUGCUGGAAGCAUAUGAUCAGAAGCAUAUUAUUACUCCAAACCUGGACAGGUUGGCCAAAGAGAGUCUUGUCUUCCAAAGAGCUUACUGUCAGCAUGCUUUGUGUAUUCCCUCGAGGAACAGUUUCAUGACUGGAAGGAGACCAGAUACAACUCACGUUUGGGCAGGAUUAGGAAAUGCUAACUUCAGAGUUACAGGCCCAGACUGGAUAUCACUUCCAGAGCACUUUAAGAACAGUGGGUACACUACACUAGGAGGAGGAAAGACAUACCAUCCCAAUAGCCCUCCUAACUGGGAUGAGCCAAAAUCCUGGUCACAAGAUCAGCCCUAUUUUCCAUUUGCACUUGUAAAGUGUCCUAAUACUACAACAACACAGAAUGAGAGAGUUGGGGGCAAUGUUGCUCCUAUUGAUACCUGGUGCCCAUUGGAUGAAAAGGAAUAUCCAGACACUUUUCAUUAUGAUUGGAAACUUGCAAACCACACAAUAUACACU